AUGCCCUCCCCGGGGACCAUCUGUGGCCUGCUGCUCCUCAGCGUGAUCUGGGUGGACGUGGCCAUGGCAGGCUCCAGCUUCCUGAGCCCUGAACGCCAGAGAGCGCAGCAGAGAAAGGAGUCCAAGAAACCAUCAGCCAAACUGCAGCCCCGGGCCCUGGAGGGCUGGCUCGGCCCGGAAGACGGAAGACAGGCGGGAGGCGGAGAGGACGAGCUGGAGACCCGGUUCAACGCCCCCUCUGAUGUUGGGAUCAAGCUGUCAGGGGCUCACUCCCACCAGCACGGCCAGACCCUGGGGAAGUUUCUGCAGGACAUCCUCUGGGAAGAGGCCAACGGUAAGUCCUUAGAACUCAGUGCUACAGUCAUGUUCAGAACAUGCUCUGCAGCCAGUUAAGCGAAGGCUUUGGUGCCCUCGUCCUCAAUCUCCUCUUGCCUCGUGAUAAGAAACCACCCAGCUUUUCCUGACUGAGGAGGCAGCCACCUGCCUGUGGAGGCACCACCAUCUGCAACAUUCC